ACUUGCUAUCCUCCUGCAUCAGCCUCCCAAGUCACUAGGAUUAUAGCCCCAUGGCUGGAAGUUACGGAGUGAUGGGUGAUGAUGGUUCUAUUGAUUACACUGUUCAUGAAGCCUGGAAUGAAGCCACCAAUGUUUACUUGAUAGUGAUCCUUGUUAGCUUUGGUCUCUUCAUGUAUGCCAAGAGGAAUAAAAGGAAAAUUAUGAGGAUAUUCAGUGUGCCACCUACUGAAGAAACGUCAGAGCCCAACUUUUAUGACACAAUGAGCAAAAUUCGCUUAAGACAACAGCUGGAAAUGUAUUCCAUUUCAAGGAAGUAUGAUCACCAGCAGCCACAAAACCAAACUGACAGUGUGCAGCUCUCAUUGGAAUGAGAUCUCAGAAAACAAGCAACAGAAGUAAUUGUUAUUAAACAGUAUAGUAGCAACUUCUGAUUCUUUCCGCUAAAUCAUAAAUAGAAUUUUAAAAAAUUUCUGUCUGUAUAUACAAAAUCAUUUUAUUUGUGAUUUUUUCCCAUCUUUUUUGUAUUGUUUAGCUUUUUAAAAUUGCUUCUCCUAGUCAUUUGGUACACAUUCAUAGGACUCAAAAGGCCUGAACACACAGAGCCUAUAAAUACCCAGAAAGAUACAGUUAACCAGAGAUGGGGACUUUACCUUGCAGGGAAUCUUUGAUUUUUUUCAGGAUACAGUCAGUGAGAAAUAAAUCUUUGGAAGUUAAAUUUCUGGAGAUUAUGCCACCUUCAUUAUGAUAUUUUUCCAAAAUAAAAAAUCUAGUCAGUAGAAUAAGUUCCUUUAAGAUUUUCUAAUUUAAGUGUAAUAUCAGUAAUAGACUAACUUGUGUUCUCAUUACUGUUAAUGACUCUAAUUAGAGAUCUUUGCUUCUUCAGAACUUGUACACCUAGACCAUCUUUUCUAUUAUGAUGCAUACCCAUCCACUAAUUUUAGAAAUUUUUCAUAACUGAAUUUUACCCCUUAAUUGUGUUCCAGGAGUUUUUGUUUAUUUGUUUAGUUGUUGUUUUGGUUUGGAACAUCAUGGGCUUUCUUUAGGCCCUACUGGGGUCGUCUGUUGGAAAAAUGGAUACCUCUACAUGGGUAUUGGAAACUUCCUUUUCAGUCAUAUCAUUAUCACUUGUAGUGUUACUCUCUGGUUUCUUUGGCUUUUUUAGCAUAAUAACCUUUUCUGAAGAUCCUCCUCUCUUGUUCUAUUUUAUACUAUAGAAUGAAAUGUUUUUACCUAAUUUUUCAUAUUUAUUUAAAUAAAACUUGUUGGAAAUAGUGGUAGGGAAGUUCAACUGUUCAAUUCUUACUCAAAGAAUCAGUUUUGAAUUAAAGCUAUUAAUUUUAAGAGCUAAUAGUAACUUCAAUUUUUAUUUCCUUUUUAUUGUGAAAUUAAAGAAUAUAAGUUUAAUAUGAAAAUUAAAGUUUAGACAAAAUAAAACUAGGGUUAUUGCAUUUACUUUUAAAUUUUGAUUAUAUCAUUCAAAAAUGUAUAUAUUGUACAUAGUGCAUUUUUGACCAAAUGGAAUAAUUCUUUCUUAAUUCACAAAAGAAUCUGGAUGUACCCCUAUAUAGAGAAUUAAAAGGUGACUCAAGGAUUAUAAAUGGUUUUAAAUAUGGGCUGGGGUAGCAGACAGGCAAAGGGACAAUCUUAAUUUUUGCUUUGCCUUAGGAUAACCCCUGUUUGUUUUCAUGAGCAGAAAAUUUAGUCUGGGGAACAAUCUAGGCAGAUUACAGAAUUAAGAAUUUAAUUGCGGCACAAUCUGAGCAAAUCAUAAAAACUGGCUAUCUCAGAUGGUUUAUAAAUUAAUGUCUACAAAUAAAUAUAAAUGUAAAUCACACAAUGAAA